AAUGGUUUCCCUAUGGCUGUUCUAUAUCAUGUGACAUGAUUAGCCCCAGCUUGUGAUCAUGUGAUGGGAAGAAAAGCAGCAGAGGCAUAAUAGGAAGUAAAGACAGUGCCGGAGUGGUUGAGGGCAGGGAGCUACCUGUCUAAUAAAUAGCCAGUUAUGUAUCGAGAGACAGACAGUAUCUCCUUAGGCAAGAGGGAGGUGCGAGAGACACGUUAGAAGAGUGAGGAGAAGGAGGAAGAGGAAGAGAAAAUAUAGGCAGAGAGGCAAAGGAAGAUGGAGAAGCAACAUCAUGAAGCCGUUGUGUCUCGUAACUGGAAAUGUGUCAUUCGUGUGUGGCUGGUCCUAGUGCUGCCAGCUCUGUUUAGUUUAGGUCGGAGUGCACCCUAUAAACAGGUAGCGCCCAUAGUCACAAUGGAGCAGCUGUUGUGGGUAAGUGGACGUGUGAUUGGUGAGGUGGAUACUUUCCGUAUACCCAUAAUUACAUACACACCAAGAGGACAUCUUAUCGCUUUCUCUGAAGCCAGAAAACACUCUGCCUCUGAUUUGGGGGCGAAAUUCAUUGCCAGUCGUAGAUCACAAGAUGGAGGUUACACUUGGACACCAACCUCCUUUAUAGUUGACGAUGGUUCUGCUGAUGAUGGGCUUAACCUGGGUUCUGUGGUGGUGGAUAAUGAGACCGGUGGCAUCUUUAUAGUGUACACAUUGUGUGCCCACUACAUCCGCUGUUCUGUGUCCAGCCUGAUGAUUACCAACAGCUCAGAUGAUGGUCUUACUUGGAGCCCGCCAAGGAACCUUUCUCACGAGAUUGGCACUAAGAUGUUUGCACCAGGCCCAGGUUAUGGAAUUCAGAAAAUGUAUGCCCCCAAUAAAGGGCGCCUAAUUGUGUGCGGUCACGGCACUCUAGAUGAAGAUGGUGUAUUUUGCCUUCUAAGUGAUGACCAUGGAAGUAACUGGAGAAAAGGUGGCAGUUUGCAGGGGCUUCCAUUUAACCAGAAGAAAAGGUUGGGUGACUUUAGCCCAGAUGAAUGCCAGCCUUAUGAGCUUCCAGAUGGCACCGUGGUCGUUAAUGCACGAAAUCAGUAUUUCUACCAUUGUCACUGCCGGAUAGUGGUCUACUCAACUGAUGGCUGCGAUUCACUUCCCCUUGAAAAUGUCAGGUUUGAUGAAGGGCUACCUGAUCCAGCUGUCGCAGCUGGGGCUUUAUACAAAGGAGGAGUUGUCUAUUUUACCAACCCAGCAAAUCUGAAUCACCGUGUCAACCUUACUCUCCGAUGGAGUUUAAAUUCUGGCAUCUCGUGGGAGCAGGAAUCUAUUCAAAUCUGGCCAGGUCCUAGCGGCUAUUCUUCUCUCACAACUUUAUCCAAUAACGUGGAAGAUAAUGAGAACAUAUUUGUAGUCUAUGAAAAAGGCAGAGAAGACAUCACAGAAUCCAUUGCUUUGGUGAAGAUUAACCUUUACGGACUUCUCUGAAACACAACAUUCUCUGUUAUAAAGUUUGACGAUGGAUUCUGAAAGGAUUUUUCUUAUUUGUGCCAAAGUAACUUUUCAUUGAAAACUUUCCAGCAUAUUUUUUAAUAGAUGCUAUGAGGAAAAGUUUUCUGCCACAAGGCGAGUAAAAGGUGUAACGUUUUAGCCACCACAGCCGUCUUUCAGAAAACAGCUGCUCUUUACUACUUGUCCCUGCUUCACACAUUAUUGUAUGGGGAACACUUUGCCUUAAACACACUGUAAGUGACUGGUGGACAUAAAAAAUGCAAGUGUUCAAAAAAUAUUUAUAAAUGGUCCUAAAAAAUGUGUGGAAGCGUGUGUUGGAAAUUACCAAUUGUUUGCUGUUCUUUUGGAAAAAUAAUUCUUGUUUUCAUUUCCCCUUUAUUUUCAUCAUCUCACUUUGUUAAUUGAGGGAAGGCUCUAGCACUUUUAUUGGGUGGCAACUGUACUUGCAUAACUACCUUAGGUCUGCUCAAUGUAGGCAAAGUAGGGCACUGUCCUACAACACAUUUAAUGGACAUACUACUGUUUGAAAAUGUAAAUACCUUGUUUUCCAGCAUAGCAACAGACUGCAGCUGUCUUCAAACACAAUUCCAGUGACUUGUUGACAGCUGUAGUUCUGCAAGUGCAGCACUACAAAACUUUCCCCAUCUGAGACAGAUUGGCUCACCUGCUACUGAUCCUAAAACAUUAGGAAUAAUUGCCUCUUCACUCCUACUUAUAAUAUGGGGCAGUUUAAUGUACCAGGACAAGUCAUCUAUUUUGAUCUUUACAACUGGGUGAUUACUAUUAAGCAUCUACAGUUAGCAGGACUUGACCAGACUACAUUUAGUGCUCCAGUAUUAAUAUGCAGUUGGAUUACUUACAGUUACAAGUCACUCCUUGCUGCUGUUACCAUAUGUAGUAGGUGUGUGUACAUAUGGGGUAGAGCUAUGCACUGUCAGCUGCUCUGUGGAGGCCUGGACAUUGGGAGGUAUAGACAAUAAAAGGUAUAUAGAAAAUG